CGGCCCCCGCCCGGCACCAGCCCCGGCCCCGGCGGGGGAGGGGUCUCGCAGCGCGGCCCCUCCCCCCUGCAACCCAGCCGGCGCCGCGAACCCCCAGCCCUGCGCUCCCCUGUCUGUCUGUCCGUCGGGCGACCAGGCCUGGCCCCACCCUGGUCCUGGGGCUGCCCGGCCGCCCCCUACCCACUGCAGCCGACAGGCACCCAGCCACAUCGCCUCUUUCCCGGAGCAUCUGCAGCCAGCCUCAACGCUGCCGCCGCAGACCAAGGACCUGCACCCCGACAUUGAGGGGCCUGCACCCCCAGACUGGAACAAGCUUAUCUAGAAAUCGGAGCCUGGCACCCUCAUCUGGGGAUAGAUUGCUGAGAUCAGCAGUGGAACCCCAGGACCUGGAGCCUGGACCCCCCAGUAUCUGGAGCUGCCAUCUCAACACCCGUCCCUAGGACCCCAAGGUUUGGAACCCAGACCUCAAGAUGUGGCAUCUCAAGAUCUGGAGCUGAACUCGGAAAUCUGUGCCCGGGGCCUUGAAAUCCCAGUCUGGAUUUGUAAGUCUCCACCCAGGAACCUACUCUUUGGGGGACCUGAACCCCUGGAAUUUAGGCCUCAAAUUCUGGGCUCUGAACCCUGAGCUUCUAGGGGGCCUGAACCUGAACGAGGCUCUGAGGUGCUUGCUUCGGUUCUGAUGCUGAAAUGUGGGGCUGCAGACUGCCAACUCUUAACCCUGAUCUCUCAACACAGAACCCCUUGACUGGAUUCUUUGGACUCAGACACUAAAUUCCCAGCACCAAUACUUGGGAGACCCUGACCCCUCACAAGCCAGAGGGGAGCCUGGCUCUCUAAUUCUGGCUCCCAGAGGUGUUUGGGGUACGCCUGGAACCCCCACAACCUUCAAGGCUCAGGUAUUUCACGGCCACAAACUGGAACUGAGAGCCAACCAGCUGUCCCUCCACAGAGGCUGGGGAAGCAGGGAAGGCAUGAGCGGACAGCCCCUCCCGUGCCCUGACCUCUGACCCGCACCCCUAGGAGCCUGAGGACUCUGCUCCGAGGGGUUCCCUCCAGCUCAGGCCUCCCCCGCCCGCGAUGGCCGUCCUCCCGCUGCUCCUCUGCCUGCUGCCGCUGGCCCCUGCCUCAUCUCCACCCCAGCCGGCCACCCCCAGCCCGUGUCCCCGUCGUUGCCGCUGUCAGACACAGUCGCUGCCCCUGAGUGUGCUGUGUCCAGGGGCGGGCCUCUUGUUCGUGCCCCCUUCGCUGGACCGCCGGGCAGCUGAACUGCGCCUGGCUGACAACUUCAUUGCCGCUGUGCGCCGCCGCGACCUGGCCAACAUGACGGGCCUGCUGCACUUGAGCCUGUCGCGGAACACCAUCCGCCACGUGGCCGCUGGAGCCUUUGCCGAUCUCCGAGCCCUGCGCGCCCUGCACCUCGACGGCAACCGGCUGACCUCGCUGGGCGAGGGCCAGUUGCGCGGCUUGGUCAACUUGCGCCACCUCAUCCUCAGCAAUAACCAGCUGGCGGCACUGGCGGCCGGGGCCCUGGACGACUGCGCCGAGACGCUGGAGGACCUGGACCUGUCCUACAACAACCUGGAGCAGCUGCCCUGGGAAGCCCUGGGCCGCCUGGGCAACGUCAACACGCUGGGCCUCGACCACAACUUGCUGGCUUCCGUGCCCGCCGGUGCCUUCUCUCGCCUGCACAAGCUGGCACGGCUGGACAUGACCUCCAAUCGCCUGACCACAAUCCCACCGGACCCUCUCUUCUCCCGCCUGCCACUGCUCGCCAGGCCCCGGGGCUCACCGGCCUCCGCCCUGGUGCUGGCCUUCGGAGGGAACCCCCUGCACUGUAAUUGCGAGCUGGUGUGGCUGCGGCGCCUGGCACGGGAGGACGACCUCGAGGCCUGUGCCUCACCCCCUGCCCUGGGGGGCCGCUACUUCUGGGCCGUGGGCGAGGAGGAGUUUGUGUGUGAGCCGCCCGUGGUGACCCAUCGCUCACCGCCCUUGGCCGUGCCUGCGGGUCGACCGGCUGCCCUGCGCUGCCGGGCAGUGGGGGACCCGGAGCCCCGCGUGCGUUGGGUGUCACCCCAGGGCCGGCUGCUGGGUAACUCGAGCCGUGCUCGUGCCUUCCCUAACGGGACCCUGGAGCUGCUGGUCACUGAGCCGAGCGACGGUGGCAUCUUCACCUGCAUCGCGGCCAACGCAGCCGGUGAGGCCACGGCUGCUGUGGAGCUGACCGUGGGGCCUCCCCCGCCCCCUCAGCUAGCCAACAGCACCAGCUGUGACCCCCCGCGGGACGGGGAGCCCGAUGCCCUCACCCCGCCCUCUGCCGCCUCGGCCUCUGCUAAGGUAGCAGAUACCGUGUCCCCUACCGACCGUGGCGUCCAGGUGACUGAACAUGGGGCCACUGCUGCCCUCGUCCAAUGGCCCGAUCAGCAGCCCAUCCCAGGCAUCCGAAUGUACCAGAUCCAGUACAACAGCUCAGCGGAUGACAUCCUAGUGUACAGGAUGAUCCCGGCGGACAGCCACUCCUUCCUGUUGACUGACCUAGCAUCGGGCCGCACCUACGACCUGUGCGUGCUGGCCGUGUACGAGGACAGCGCUACAGGGCUGACGGCCACGCGGCCCGUGGGCUGCGCCCGCUUCUCCACCGAGCCCGCGCUGCGGCCGUGUGGCGCCCCCCACGCGCCCUUCCUGGGUGGUACCAUGAUCAUCGCACUGGGCGGCGUCAUCGUGGCGUCGGUGCUGGUCUUCAUCUUCGUGCUGCUUAUGCGCUACAAGGUGCACGGUGGUCAGCCCCCGGGCAAGGCCAAGGCGGCCGCGCCCGUCAGCAGUGUCUGCUCCCAGACCAAUGGCGCCCUGAGCCCUGCGCCCUCUGUACCUGCCCCUGAACCUGCCGCGCCCAGAGCCCACACCGUGGUCCAGCUGGACUGUGAGCCGUGGGGGCCCGGCCACGAACCUACGGGGGCCCUAGCCUAGGCGCUCACCUCUGCAACUCCCCUGGUCCCCAGGGAUGGCCAGAUGUGGACACCCCACGGACACACCUUGCCUCAGACUCACCAAAUUGAUCAUGGUUUUUAAAACUCUGAAGGGGAGGGUAUGGGGGCACAGAGACACAACAAGAAAGUCCUAUUUUUCUAAGUUUGGGC